GCCCCCUUUCUGCACUCUGGCUAAACCGAGCGAACGGAACACGAAUAGUAAAAUGGCUGAGAAGCAGAAGCACGAAGGCAGGGUCAAGAUAGGACACUACAUCCUUGGAGACACGCUCGGAGUCGGCACGUUUGGCAAAGUGAAGAUCGGAGAGCACCAGCUAACAGGGCAUAAGGUUGCUGUUAAGAUCCUAAACAGGCAGAAGAUUCGCAGUCUAGAUGUGGUCGGCAAAAUCAAACGAGAGAUCCAGAACCUCAAGCUGUUCCGGCAUCCUCACAUCAUCAAGCUGUAUCAGGUGAUCAGCACCCCCACAGACUUCUUCAUGGUGAUGGAGUAUGUAUCUGGAGGCGAGCUCUUUGACUAUAUCUGUAAACAUGGAAGGGUAGAGGACAACGAAGCACGGCGCUUGUUCCAACAGAUCAUCUCUGCAGUGGACUACUGCCACAGACACAUGGUGGUGCAUAGAGACCUGAAACCGGAGAAUGUCCUUCUGGAUGGCAACAUGAACGCCAAGAUCGCCGAUUUCGGCUUGUCCAACAUGAUGUCAGAUGGUGAGUUCCUGAGAACAAGCUGUGGUUCACCUAACUACGCUGCUCCAGAGGUCAUCUCUGGAAGACUGUACGCAGGUCCAGAGGUGGAUAUCUGGAGCUGUGGCGUGAUCCUGUACGCUCUGCUGUGUGGCACGUUGCCCUUCGACGAUGAGCAUGUACCCACGCUAUUCAAGAAGAUCCGCGGAGGAGUGUUCUACAUCCCCGAGUACCUCAAUCGCUCUGUGGCCAGCCUGCUAAUGCUCAUGCUCCAGGUGGACCCUCUGAAGAGAGCCACAAUCAAAGACAUCAGAGAAGACGAGUGGUUUAAGCAGGAUCUGCCCAGCUACCUGUUCCCAGAGGACGCUUCGUACGACAGCGCAGCGGUCGACGAGGAAGCUGUGCGUGACGUCUGUGAGAAGUUUGAGUGCGCAGAGUCAGAGGUGCUCAGCAGCCUGUACAGCGGCAACCCGCAGGACCAGCUGGCAGUCGCCUACCACCUCAUCAUUGACAACCGGCGUAUCAUGAACCAGGCCAGUGAGUUCUACCUGGCCUCCAGCCCACCCGCUGGCUCUUUCAUCGACGACCACAUCAAGCCACACCCUGAGAGGAUGCCCCCACUGCUGGCAGACAGCCCCAAAGCCAGGUGCCCACUGGACGCCCUGAACACCACCAAGCCCAAACCUCUAGCAGUGAAAAAGGCUAAGUGGCAUCUUGGUAUACGCAGUCAGAGCAGACCCUACGACAUCAUGGCUGAAGUGUACCGUGCCAUGAAGCAGCUUGAGUAUGACUGGAAGGUGGUGAACCCCUAUCACCUGAGGGUGCGCAGGAAGAACCCAGUGACUGGAAACUUUGUGAAAAUGAGUCUGCAGCUCUAUCAGGUGGACAACCGCAGUUAUCUCCUGGAUUUCAAAAGCAUUGACGAUGACAUCAUCGAGCAGAAAUCGGGCUCGUCCACGCCUCAGCGCUCCGGCUCUGCUGCAGGUCUUCACCGGCCCCGUCUCAGCAUCGACUCAGCGGCCGUCUCUAUGGAUAUGCCAACGCUUAGCAGCUCACUGCCGUGCUCUCUGCCUGGCAACAUGCCCAUGCUGGCACCACGACAGGGCAGCCAUACCAUGGACUUCUUUGAGAUGUGUGCCAGUCUCAUCACCACACUAGCACGCUGAAGCUCUCUCUCUCACUCACACACGCACACACACACAUGAACCCACUCAUUUAUGCAUAGUAACAGGAAUCUGUAGAUCUAAGGGUUUGGUUACAUGUCUGCUGUAGAUUCAGCCACAAAUGAAAGUUCUCUCUCUCUCACACACACACACACACUUAGACACGAUGCUUGCUGCUAUACUGACCGUUCAGUUCAUUGUAGCAGCACAGCAUUCUGGGGCCUUUCCAGCUUUCAGAGUGCUUCAUCCUUUUUUUUUUUUGUUUGUUUGUUUUUAUACACAUAACAUUUUGAUAAAUAUAAUCUAUUUAUAUUCUCUUCUCGAUCACUUUAGUAGCUGAGUUGCUGGUUGAUUGCAAUGACAUACCAAAAAUUAUGUUUAUACGCAUUCAUAUGCAAGAGAUUACAUUUAUUAUAUAUUAGAUUAUUUAUUUUUUAGAGAUAUUUUAUGCUGUUUAGUUUGUUUAUUUAAGUGCGUGUUAGACGAGUGAUAAAUGGUUUGUUGUGAAAAGGCAGUUUGAGCAUCGAGAGCGUGACAAGCAUGUCGGCAAAUACACGCCAUCGACGUGGCACGUGUUGCUUCGCUUCCAGCUCCAGCAGCAGAAGCGAGCAUGAAGUUCCUCAGCAUUUUCCAUCUGUACGUAAAUAUAGAUGGUUUCCUUAAGCGCAGUGCCUUUUCUGCUGGAUGGUGUUGUGCUAGUAACUUGUAAAUGAAUGGAAUAUUCAGUCAGAGACUCUUGACAGAGAGAGGAAGCGAGAGCGAGAGGGUGAAUGAGUGCUGGCUUUAAUCAAGUGUAGAGGCAAAUCUACUGUAUAGCUUGAACUCUGGGACAGAGAAAGAUUUGGAGCAAGAUGAAGAAGCCUCCAUUUGUUAUAUAUACAUUACAGCACAGUGAACUGGAUAUUUUCUGUAAGUUGAGGUCAAAGCACAUAAAGAGAGAUUGAGAAAGUGGGAUCUAAUAGAAGGAAAUAGAAGGAAGGGAUUAAAAAAUUAAAUAAAACAAGCAACAGAUGCAUUUCUUUGCAGAUUUGUGAUACUGUACGGAGCGUGUGAUGGCAUGUAUUUGGUGACAUUUGGCAGAGAGAUUAUGAGUUAAAACCAUUCGGAGCCUCCUCUGAUGCCAUAUUAUAUUGUUUCUGACGAUUUACACUUCGAGACAUUGUGUUUGAACGUGUGCAGAUCUAUUAGACGUGUGUAUCUCGUUCCCCUAAGCACUGGAUUGUUCAGAGCCCCUGACCGCAUAGUUUUCUACCAGGGGCUUCGUUUACUUCUGACUCUAUGACUCCAGAAAGAGGAGUCCAGGAAGGCGAUGGCAAAAUGUCAUGGUUUGUAGCGACAGCUCGUGAUUCAGGCUACUACACAGUCACAGCAUGAACGAUGCUUAAAUUAUCACCAAGUAUUUAUUUAUUUACCUUCUUCUAUCUUACCUUCUUAAUUUUAAAUCAAUAAAUCUUAGUUGGAAAUACAUUAUUUAAAAAAAAAAAGAAUUGCGUGACAACAAAUCCUCAUCAGAUAGUGAGAAAAGCACACAAACUAGCAAAGGUUUUAGCAGACUGAAUGUUUUUAUCACAACAUUUAAACUAGCUGCUUAAUCAACACAUGAUGUUUUGACCUAAAUAAAAUCUAAAUCCUAACACCUAAUUCUGGUAAAACUAUGUCUAUGUUUUCCUAAAGUAGAAAUGUUCUUGGUGGGAAAAAAAAUUAGUGACUUCCAGCCACAGUGUGGCGUAAUGCCUGACGUAUAUUCUCAGAUAUCUAAUUCCACAUGAUUAGACAGUUAGCCUUCUACCACACGAAUCCUCUAUGCUGGGAUUUUCAUCUGUAGUUAGCGCCUGUGUGGAUGAGUUGGUCUUUCUGAAUCUUCCUGGCCUCCUGUUUUGUACUGUUCUGUGAAACGUGACAGCAUAACGUGAAAUAGCUUCUGGCCAUGAUGCAUGUUUGUGCAUCAGUGUGUUUUUUGUAUUUUAUUUUAUUUUAUUUUUUUGUACCAUGUUAGGUGCACUGUACUUUUGCAGGAAAUCGAUGCAUCAUCCAUAUCUGAAUGUAAAAAAUAUCCAGCGUGGAUGUGUGUUUUAUUGUUAGUGGGCAUAUCGUGCCUUAUUGUGUCUGUAAAAAAAAAAGCCUUUAAGUGUAUACAGCAGAGGUCAUACAUUUGCAUACGUCUGGCAGAAUCUGCAAAAUGUUAAUAAUUUUAAAAUAAUAAUAUAAAUAAUAAUAAGAGAAUAUGCUAUUCCACAUAACAGAUGUUUUAAACAGAAUAAGUGUAAAUGUUUAUCCAUCCAUUGUCUAUACCUGCUUGAUUCCUAAUUAGGGUCACAGGAGCCUAUCCCAGCACGCAUUGGGUGAAAGGCAGGGGUACACCCUGGACAGGUCACCAGUCCAUAACAGGGACACACACACACAGGGACACACACACACACACACACACACACACACACACACACACACACACACACUUUAGAAUUACCAGUCAACCUAAUGUACAUGUUUUUGGACUGUGGGAUGAAACCGGAGUACCCGGAGUAAACCCACACAGGCCACACUGAAAGGCCCCUGCCUGUUCAAACCUGGGAUUCAAACCCAGGACCUUCUUGCUGUGAGGCAACAGUGCUAACCAUUAAGCCACCGUGCUGCCCCAUCAAUUUUUAUAUUUUUAUUUUUAUUAUUUUGUUUAAAGAUCUUUUUUUUUUCUCAUUUAGUCCUCUCGUUCAGAAGCUAAAUAAGAUGAAAAAUACAAGACAAAAAUAACAACGAUUUAAAAAUAUCUUGUUUAGAUGUUUUUUUGAAGACAUCUGUUAUGUAAAAUUUUUUGUCAUUUUAUUUUUAUUAUUAUAUAACCAUUUUGCAGAUUCGACACAGUGACUGUAAACUUCAUCCUCAACUGUAGGCUUUGACUAAGCUGUUGAUUGCAAAAAAAAUGCAGUGGAACUGCUCCCCCUACUGCUGGAUAAUGCACCAUUACACUGAAAAUCGGUUCGUAACCACAGUUAAACCAGUUUUAUUUAAUAGAUCAUUUUCCACAACGCGUCAUUUCACAAUUCCGACACAACAUGCAGUCAACGCUGCAAAGGACACGAGUCGUAUUCCUCUGCAGCGCAAAGAUCCGAAAUCAGUAACCACAACCAAAGUGUCUUCGCUUCUCUCAGUCCGGUCUUGUAUAAGAGCGUGUGCACACACACAUACACACACACACAUCACAUACAUGGUGUGUAAAAUCCAAUUCAGUGUUAUGUGUCUGUUUCAGUGUCUGCCCCCCCCCUACCCACCCACAAAUUAUGCACUGCAUGGU